AGUCAGAUCGCGAGCGACGCGGAGACCACGGAACCUCACGGGCUGCUGGAGGCGACUUUUAGAGCGCCAGUAUCCUCGAUAAUGAGUCGCGCCACGAGGCCGAGCACUUCGCGCGCCACUGAGCGGCACCAGAGGCGAUCGCGCGAAUUCUACGAGGUCGUUGGCGCCGUCUGACACGGGACUCGCGUCUACGGCACUUUCUCCUCUGCGCUCCCCGAGAGGGCCUCUUUCGCGGCCAACGGAGAGUUAUGUUUCGAGUUCCAAAAACAAUGCCUUCGACUGCUCCUACAACCACUUUGAAACAACCACCAAAGGAAUCUCAUACCUGCAUGUAUUCGUCGUAUGAAUGUUCGCAACCUAUCUUGGAAGGAUACUCAUAUUGCGCAAGACACAUCUUGGAAGAUUCUUCCGCUCCCUUCAAGCCUUGCAGUUUUGUUUAUAAUACAAAUGGAAGGAAAUGUCAGAGUCCUGCACCAAAACUUGAUAGGAGAGACUUGGCAUAUUGCCCAGAACAUACAAGGAAAGCUCAACUAGCUCGGAUCAAGUCAACGUCAAGGCAUUCCUUGCCUCAAACACCAGAAAUGCUUUUAUUAAAUCUAAGCCACUAUGUAAAACCCACGGAUUCAAGUGCCGAAGAUACUGAAGAUGAUGAGAACAAAAUCAGAGCAUUGGAUCCUUUUACUGAGAUCGAUGCAUUCAGAGUCAAUGCAAGUGGUUGCGAUGUAUUGGAUUAUGCAAGCUCUUCAGACAGUGACAUCGAACCUACAGUGGUGAAUGAUACAUUGAGAGGAACAUUUUUAGAUGACAGUGACAACGAAAGUUUGCAUAGUGCUCAAGAUGAUCCAUUGAAUAUUCACUUUUUAAGGCACGCUGGAAUCUUCACUGCUGAAGAGGUAAUAUACAUUGCCCGAGAGAAACUCAUUCGUUUGCAAUCCCUGUAUAUCGACCAAUUUCGAAGGCUACAAUAUCUACUCAAAGAGAAGAGACGAAAGUACCUUCAUGCCCUAAAAAAAGAAAAGGAAACUUUAUGUAGUAUACAUGACCAACCAAAGGAAACAGCAAAAGAAAAAAAACUUUAUGAAAAGCUAAAGGCUUUAAAUAGUUAUCACAGACGGAGCGGAGUCGAAGCAGUGCUUUAUCGAAAAUCGCUAGAAAGACGAGCACAGGCAAGUGAUGGGCCAGCUCAAAAACCACCCAGUGUCCCAAAGUGUAUUUUUACCGAAGGUGGGGUGAAAUGUGGUGAAAGGACUUUACCCUCUGCAAAGCACUGUCGAAAGCAUAUCCUCAAGGAUCAAAAUCAAGUGCUAUUCAAAGCUUGCGGAGCAGUUCAUGCAGACAUUGAAUGCCAUGAACCAGUACCAGUAAUCUUUGACUCUUACUGUGUUUACCACAUGAAUUUACCACCUCCACUGAAACUUGAAACCAUGACAUUUGAAGAACCCAAGCCAGUGGGCCAAGAAACGUCAGUGACCGAUAGUCAAUCAAUGGAGAUCGAUGUCGUUGGCGAAGCACAAGAAAUUGAUCCAGAUGAUGAUAUGGCAGGACUUAUGAGGGAAAUGAACGAUGCUGCAAAGAAACCAGCUCUUAAUGAAAGUGUUAACAGUGAAGCCAGCACCGAUACUGCUUUCAGUUUGUCUGCACAGAUGAGUGACAAGGAUGAGCUGGUGUCAGUGUAAUGUGAAAUAGUGUAAACUUUUUCAAUUUUUAACAGUGAUAUGGAUUUAAUUAAUUUAAGUGUUAAACAAAGGUCACAGUGAUAUUUAAAUAAGAUAAUAUUCAGAUUUUUCAAGUAAGUCUGAAUAAUAUCAACUUCAAUUUGGCAGGGGAUAUGAAAACCAUUUUUUUCUUGUCCGCUGCUAUAAUUAUAGACUUAGACAAAUAACGAAGAGAGACCAAAGAUGGUGCAGGUAAUAUUCUUACAAACUAAACCUAAGCAUUUAAAGUCUGUACUACUGAACUACAUCUCAUAAACAAUAUGUCAGACGUUUUCCUCAAAAUGUAUUUUUUUAGAUCUCAAGUUAUCGAUACUGAACUUAUUAAAUGCAUCACAAUAAUUAUUUACAAGUUGGUGUCUAACUUAGCCGAUUUAAUGACCUACUUCUUAAUAUUAACUUGUCAUUGAGUUUCUAAAUACCGGUUUUACUAUUCUUCCAUCUUUAUUAGAGUCUCAAGGUUUCUUCUCUAUGUGCUAACCAUAUAUUAUAAGCAAAUUUUCAAAUCGCCUAUAUAGCAAAAGUAAUCACAUGGUUAAUGAUAGCUGCAAGUUCAAAAUUCAUAUCCCCGUGCAAUAACUGUUUUGCAUUGUUCAUUGGCCUUGCUGUGGUCCGCUGUGAGGCGCAUCGAUAAAUCACUUGCUAGGCUAUUGAUUGUCUUAAAAAAAGUAAGAACUUGUUACUUGAUGAUGAGGAUAAACGUUCCUUAAACACUGUAUACAUUGUUGUUCCAUAUUAGCCCAAUUGUUUCCAGAGGACCAAUUUUGGUUACACUCUUCACACUUGAAGUAUCUAUAAGUUCUGUUUAUCCCUGAUACGGAGUCUUAAAAUCGCAGAUUACUUUUAUUUUCUUUAAAAAAAACCAUUUCUCUCAUCUUUUUCUUCUUCUUUUCGACCAUUUUGAGACAUUUCAAUCAAACACCGGCAGAACUGAACAAACCAGAACUAGUACCCGCAUUACAAAGAGGUUAGAAUGAUUACCAAAUGAAUUGACUGUCAUAUUUAUAAAGAUGCAAGAAAAUGUAUUUUCAUAUUUCAUUAUUACUAAUGGAAAUCGUUCUUUCAUUUAUUUAAUAGAAUUUGCUCCUUUUAAUAUUUAAUUUUUAACUUCUAAUUUUACAGGUGUCAUAUCAUGCUAGUAUUACGUGAAUGUUUAUCACCACACGUUUUAAACAUAAAACUAUGAAAAUGCAAUUUCAGAGCUUUUAUGAAAUUUGAAACGUAAACACAAACAUGUUUUCACGUAAUACCAAUAUGGUAAAACGCAUGAAUUUUGCGCGCUAUUGUUCAUAUUGAUGUUUUACAUCCGUCAUUUCCGGUCAUUUCCACCAUAUUGGAUUUCAGUUCCUACCACUUCCGAGACAGUAUAUAGAUGGCGAGUCAAUUUGAGGGUCCAACUCUAACACGGCAGUGUCCACCCUUGAUUUGUCAUUUGGGAGUUCCCCGGAAUGGCCGGUACACCAGACAAUUAAAAAAAACCGUUAAUACGUACAUAUGCAGUGGUAAUUCUGGUUUGUUCAGUUCUGCCGGCGUCUUACUAAACAUCUCAAAAUGACCACAAAGAAGGAGAAGAAGGAACAGGUGAAAGAAAUUGUAUUUUUAUAAAAAUAAUAGAAGUGAACUGCGAUUUUAACAAGUUCAACAGGUCAUCUGAGCUGAUAUGUAGAAUCGAAAUUAUUAAUUAUUGUCGUUAUAUUCUGGUAGACAUCAAAUUGUUAAAAUAGAACUCUGGUUCAAUGUUUUUAUUUAGAAAUGUGCAUAAAUAGUGAAACUAAGCAUUUUUACAAAUGUGUCUUGUAGAAUUUGCAACAUUCUAAGCUGCACUUAUGUUUAGUAAAUAUUAGUUUAUAAUGGACAUCAGUAUUAUUUAUUUACGGUUUUCAUUAUUUACUAAUGCUACUUCUACAGAAAGUUGCGAAAACAGAAGCUGGGACAGAGAAAAAAAUGAUCAAGGAGACAAAGAAUCUGACUCCAUAUCAGGGAUCAAAAAGAACUUUUGGAAUGUUCAAAUGUGAAAAAUGUAAUCGAACUUGGUCCUCUGGAAAUAGUUGGGCUAAUAUGGGACAACAAUGUAUGCAGUGUUUAAAAAAAAUUUAUCCUCAUCAUCAGGUAAUAAGUUAUAUUUUAAAAACAACCAAUAACCAGUGAUCUAACAAUUAAAUUUUAUGAAAUGCAGUUACUCGUGGCCAAUAAGUGCACAAAAUGAAACAUUUUUUACAAGUAUGUAUACAUGGUAAAAAUUUAUUGUUCCUUUAGUUGAAUCAUGUUCUUGGUUUUACCACCAGGGGAUGUAUUCAGCAUUUCAUUACUUUUAUUCAUUUAGUCGGGGUGGUUCCUAACUAAUUCAUAUGAUCAUAAGUAGCCUUUGAUUAUAUAAGUGUGGAUUGUUAGUCAUUUGUAUGUUAUUAUGCAUUGACAGCUCGAAAAGCAAGAUCAACAUGAACUGUGGUGCAAACUACAUUUGGAAUAAUUUUAUCUCUAACAUUUCCAUUAAAAUUCAGAGCGAUAAGAUAUCCCGAAUAUUAUAUCGAAAAUAAUUUUAUUGAGGAGCUGUGGAAUCUUACUUCUAACUGUUAUUCCACAUAUUCUUAAUUCAAUUAUAUUUUGAAAUUCACUUCAAAGCUUUGCAUUGCACGGAGUGAAAGUUAGUUAUUUAUAAAUAAGGUAUCACUUGAUCUGAUAUGAUCAGUUAAUCCCUUACCUUAAAAAAGAAUGUUUGCAUUUUUCUUUCUAUUUUUACGGUGAUAUUUUGUGCUAUGACAGCUUUUAAUCAAGCAGUAGCGGUCCAUUUCCCUUAAUUAAGCGCAAAUCUAUUUUGUUGAGAAUUUAAAUUAGAACUCCGGGGUAUAGCAAAUAGUUAGUUCCUGGUCCAUGAUGGGGCUGAUAUCCUAGCAACCUGUGUGAAUUUGAAAACUAGCAGUCCAUACUUUUAUAGUCAAAGUAAGUAGUUAUUUACUAGAUGCAUGGAACAUGUUAUGUAGCAAAUAGAGGAUUAUACAUGGUUCUUAUUAUCCAAAGAGUUUAUAAAUGUUUAUAAAUAAAUUGGGAAAUAAUUACAUAUUCAUGUUUAUAGGAUAAAUGAUCAAAUCUUAUCUAAACUUAUUAAAAACAAAUUGCUAUCAUUUGUACUCCUUUUGUGCUUGUUAUGUUUUUUUUCCUUUAAUCCUUUCUAGUUGGAAUAUUCUUAGUAAUUGUAUCAAUAUUACGAAAUGUAGUUUAAUUGAUUUUAAUUUGCCCUAUAUGGAAUUACAAUUGUUUGAAGUAAUACGUGGUGAAUGAAUUGAAUGGACUAAUAGCAUGUUUGUAGUUCUCUUAAUCAAUGGUAAAGGGUAAAUAGCUAAUUACAACUUUUGAUUGACAUUGUCAAAUGCAUGAGCUGUACGAUAUGAUUUACUCUAAAUAGAAUUUUUUUGUAAGUGUUUAUAUAGUUUAUUUCUUAGACUUGAAAUUUUCAGCGUAAACCGAUAAAAAACAAAGCAAAAGUUGAGAUUGGAAAAAGACAUCUUGAAGAGUUUUGUGACAUGUGCAAAAAUUUGGGGCAUUCUUGUGUGAACAUUAAACGAAUCCACAAGGCUGGUAAUGAGAAAUAAAUUUUUGGUGUCAAUUCGUAUGUUACAAUAAACAAAGAUGAGAUUUUUAUAUUAUCACAGAGUAUAUUUUUGUCCAUUUCAAUAUUGCUUAGUUCAUAUAUGUAUGUUAUAACGAAAUAAUUGUAUUUGAGAUAUAAACCAUUU